AUGUCACUUGCACUCAAAAGAAUAAUCAACUUCUGCGCCCAAGAAGAGCAUGCAGAGAAAAAAGAUUGUUUCAAGGACCCCUCUCAAGCUCAAGGUGCCAUCGUAAUGAAAAAUUGUUCAUUUGGGUGGACCAAAAAGCAAGAAAAGCCAACCCUUACAUCCAUAUCCUUGGACAUUGCACCUCGGUCCCUUGUCGGGGUCACCGGUCCAAUUGGGACGGGCAAGUCUGCCCUUCUUGCAGCCAUUCUGGGAGACAUGGACUGCAUGAAAGGAGACGUCAAAAUCACUGGUCGCAUUGCCUAUGCUCCGCAAGUUGCCCACGUCUUCGACAUGACUAUUCGUGACAAUAUUGUUUUCGGUAGCGAAUUUGAUGAUAUCCGCUACGCCCGAGUUUUGAAUGCAUGUGAGCUCAUUCAGGAUAUUCGAACUCUUCCAGCAGGAGAUAUGACGCAGGUUUCAGAACGAGGAGAAACGUUAAGCGGCGGUCAAAAGCAACGUAUCGCUCUUGCGAGAGCUGCAUACAGUCGUUCAGACAUUUACCUUUUGGACGAGCCUUUUAGCGCCCUGGACUCAAAAGUCGCGGAAAAUGUCUUCGAGAAAGUUCUUGGAGAGAAGGGCAUACUUCGGCAGAAGACUCGAAUUUUAGUUAUCACCAAGGGAAGCCUGUUAAGGGGCAUGAACCAAUUGCUUCUGAUGCAUAAUAACAGAAUUACUUGCCACCCAAAUGCGACGCACCUGGUUGCUCGCUGCAACGAUUAA